AUGGUCGCAGCCUCCCACCGCACCCCCUCCCUCCGCCCAAAACCGCCCCCCAACCCCCACAAGGGCCGCAAAAUCGUCCGCGGCGAGCAGCUCAAACGCAACGCGGCCUGCCUCAGCUGUCGCAAAAGGCGCAUAAAGUGUGACGCAGCAAAGCCUCACUGUGCCUCGUGUGUCAGGAGCCAGCAGUAUCUUGAUCGCACUCAUCCCAAUGAGCACCAUGCGAUCCAUUGCCAUUACGAUAACGAGUCGGACGGCAGCGCUGACGAUGGCCACUCUGAGCGCCUGUCUACCGGUACGGCCACCGAAUUAGCCGAGGAAGAGGCUCCUGGUAUUCCGCCAGUCAUUGUUGAGCCCCAACGUCAGAACUCAGAGCCAGUCGCCGAUACUGGGCGAGAGUUCACAGACUUCACAAACAAAGAAGCAGUAGAUCUAAGGGGUGCUCAAAUAUCAACCUCACGAGCAUACAUGCACCGAUUCUUCGACGGCCCGUCACCCAUGGUCGAUCUGGACCCGCGGUACCAAUCGCCUCUGUCGCAUCAGCCACUGCAAUAUCAAACACCGUUUCAACCACCUCAUCAAUCACCGCUUGACAACCUGGUGUGGCGCUAUAAUGAAAUGCAAACGCUCGGCGGCCCCCUUAUACCUAGCGCCAUCCCUGACCCAUACCAACAAACCCAGAACUCGCUCCCAUACUACCUUCCAUCCACCAGCAUGUCUCUUGCCCCAGAAACUACCCUGCCGUCUAUGACGGCCAGUCCUGGGGACGACGAUCUCGUCGACGCCCUUGCUCCUCUCGAGCGUCGGCUCAGUCGAGCGGCCACAGUCGCUGACGAGAUGAAUGGAGAAGCUGGUGAUAUGGACCAACUGCUGAUGUGGUCUGGCUGGCCAUCGUCGCUUCCUUCACCCACACUUGUAAAUCAUCUUGUUGAAAUAUUCUUCACGAAGGUUCCGACCGUAUCUCGCAUCAUCCAUCGCGACACAUUCAUGGCCAGACUGUCCCAUGCGCCAACCCACCCCGACUUUCCGCAUCUUGCGCUGAUCCACGCACUCUGCGCCAUCGCCUCCCGCCACUCGGCUGCCGUCCACACCCGCACCGUCCAAGAAAAUCUCUUACAGACAGCUCAAGAUGCAAAGAAGGGAAAUCCCGGCAGGGGGGAGCCAGUUGAUCCGGCAAAUGAAGACUGCUUUUCGGAGCAGCAGGCGAUAUACGCGUCUCGUGCGAUGAGUAGCUUGCAUCAUGUCAGCGGAAGAGGCUUGUUUGACGUGUUGCAAGCUACAAUACUAGUGUGUCAUUGGAGCCAAUCAGACUCGCGUUGGAUGGAUUGUUGGGCCUCUAUUGGCCUGUCCACUCGCCUCGCCAUCUGCCUUGGUCUCUUGAAUGAUGACCUUCCAGGGAUGAGCCUCGCUUCCCUCCACCAGUCAAUCCUUCCACCCGCGAAAACAGAUGCCGAGAGGGAAGAGAGGAGGGCGGUGCUCUGGUACGUGAUGUAUUAUGACACGACGGGGUCUGCCAGCUCCGGGUGGCCCGGAACGUUGCCGAAUGAUGAGAUUACUGCGAGGCUACCAGCUGGCAGAGUUGAUUGUGAUCGAGGAGACUCGAUUCCCGAGAACCCACAGUCCUUCAUUUCUCCAGACAUCUACCACAACCACCCAGUUCCAGAUAGCUUUGUGAUGCUUCUCAAGGGAAAUAUGCUCUUAUACCGCGCAUCAAAAUUGAUUCGCAAAUGCCGGUCGAUGCGGACCGAGGAGAGAGCGAUAGCGAGAGAUAUGGAAGAGUUUAAAGCAAUCGAAAGAGACCUGGCGACGCUGAGCUUGACCUGGCCGAGUUCGUUGAGAGACCCCAUCCAGUACAUGCAGGGCCACAUAAAAACCAUAGACUCUGAUCUCAUUAGCGCACACCUGGUACCCCACAUCGUCGCUAUUCACCUCCACGAACCCUUUGCCGACGUCAAAGACUCGAGUUGCACUUCGGCAGCUCGCCUCUUGUCGGAAGCAAGAGCGUGCUUGAAUAUCGUGUUUUCGAUUGUCGGGAGUAAUGCGGAAAUCACGUAUAUGCUAACCCUUGUCAGCUAUCUUUACCGCGCUAUCAAGGCUCUCAUCCUGUUUUACCACCAUGCUCUAGAGUCGGCCGAUGAGCAAGCAGCGUCAACAUUCCAUUCCGAGAUCACUAUAUUCAAAGACGUUUUUGAUUGGCUCUCCCUCCACCACUCUAUGGCUCUCCACCACCUAGCCGUCAUCAAUACCAUCCUCGCCAGUAUUGAACGCGAAACUCUCGGUCACCCGGUCGUCGACGGCGAUUUCUCCGACCUUCGCUCGCCAAACUCUCAAUCCUCCUCUUUCACGUCCACUGCUUCCAUACCCCGGUCAAGCAACUCGUACCACACCGCGGGGUACUCGGCAUCUUUUGAGAUGUCUACCACGCCGGUCUUGCACCCGGAAGCGGUGAUGGCUCAAGGGCUCCAAGACGCGCUCAGGGCAGAGGGCGAGUCGCCUGACAGCGGAAGCGGCGAGAGAAGAGGGAUGGGCCGUAGCGGGCUUGUGCAUGGGAUCCUGGAUCAGACGAGGGGGUUUGUCAACACCAAGGCGCCGGACGGGGUUCUGCCGGAUCUAAAGAUUGGGGUUGGGAUGGGCGUUGGAAUGGGAGAGGAUGAUGUGGGCGAUCCAUCGAGCUGGCUUGACUGGCAAAAUGUAGUAACGUUGGACCCGUGA